UUUUUUUACGUUCUCCUUCUUCUUCCGGGUUAACGCGUUUCUCUGGCGUGGUAAACUGAUAAUAACAUGUGCAAGUAAAAAUCGGACAACACGAUGAGUUCUCAGAAAGGUAAUGUAUCUCGGUCGCGAGGCCAGAAGCAUCAAAACGCCAGUGCCUACAGAAACGACAAGUACGGAGCGACUGCACAAGUGAAGGUGGCAAAUUCAAAGGUUCACGAUGGGUUGUGUCAACACUGUAAGGGUGUGCUCGAGUGGAAAGUCAAGUACAAAAAAUACAAGUCACUAACACAGCCCAAGAAAUGUGUCAAAUGUUCUGAAAAGAGCGUGAAGGAUGCAUAUCACAUCAUCUGUAAGCCCUGUUCUCUUAAGCUGGAGAUCUGCUGCAAGUGUGGGAAGAAAGAGGACAUUAUUAUUCCGAUAAACUCACAUCUGGACAAGAGUGAGCAAGAAGAAGACGGUGAAGAGAUGAGGAAAGGAUGUGGACGAGGGAAGAAGGAUGUGGACAGUGAUGAUGAUGAGGAUUAUGAUGAUGAUGAUGACUUUGGUGACCUUGAAGAUGAGGAUGAUAAAGACUUUGACAGUGACUCGUGUCGAAAGAAAACACAGAACAUGUCUGCUGCACCCCCAGAUGUGUCCAGAAUUAAUGUCAAAGAAUAAAAACUUAGAGGGUUCCUGUUGGACUUUUUAAAUUUGUAUACCAAACAAGUUUUCUAAUCAGUGUACAUUAUGAAGUUUUUGACCAGACUCGAAUUAAAUGAUGCAAGUAAACUGCAUUGCUUGUUUGA